AUGGACCACGACGCCUACCCUAUCCACGAGGCCCUCCAGAAGGGCAACCACAACAUUGCUCUCCAGCUCCUCCACCAGAAGCCUAAGGACGUCACCAAAACCGACGCCGACGGCCGCACCCCGUUGCACUGGGCGGUUCUGGCCAACGAUAACGCCAUGGUUAAGGCGAUAAUCGAGGACGACGCGUUUGCUAAGUGGGCCGACGACGUCAUUGAGGCCGAGGACGACAGCGGCUGGACGCCGUUACACAUCGCCGUGGCUAACGGCAAUGAGGAAUUGGUGGCGUAUCUUCUCGACCACGGCGCCGAUGUUAACGCCACCACUGGCAAUGGCACCACCACUUUACACUUAGCGGUGCUGAAGCUGCCCUCGGUAGUGCCGCAAUUAUUGGCCCAUAAGGCGCUGUUUCGCCCGGACGGGGCCGGAUAUACUCCGCUUCACCGGGCAGCCGCCAAGGGCUCGCAACCUAUAAUCACCCAAUUGGUCGAGGCUAAAGGCGCUUCGGUCAUUGACAAGCGCGACAAUGAUGGGUGGACGGCGUUGCACCACGCCAUGGCCGAGGGCCACGGUGAGGCCGCCGUCCAGCUUAUUGGCCUUGGCGCCGACGCCACCAUCAAGUCCCACGACGGCGAGUCCCCCCAUGACGUUGCUGCCCCGAAAGUUAGUCAAGCGUUCAACUUCGUGUUGUUAGCGUGUGCCAUCGGUUUGACCGGUUCGCUUGCCGCUACCACCAUCAACCAUUACAACCCCCAAGUGUCGUUCGCCGUGUUCGCGUCGGCGUUCGGUUUGCUCACCCUGUCCAUCUACGGUGUGUUGGCCUACUUCAUCGCCGCCUUGGCCUGGCCCGUCAUCUUGUGGAUCUUUGACUUCCUCAACUUUGUCUUCACCUUUGCCGCCGCCACCGCCAUCGCCGCCAACAUCCACUGCCACUCGUGUGGUAACAAGGAAUACCGUGACCACAACAACAUCAUCCAAGGGUCGACCCAACGGUGCAGAAAGGCGCAAGCCUCCGUCGCCUUCCUCUACAUCUCCGCCUUUGUCUUCAUUGCUUCGGGGGUGUUCUCGUUCAUCUCGAUGGUGAGAGGUGGUGCCUUUAGCUACGGCAGAAGACCCGCUGCUCCUAGAGUCGGUCUCCCCACCAUGUCGCAAGUCUAA